AUGGAAAAUCCAGCUGAAAUUGCUGCAAACCUGCAAUCAAAUGCAACACAAGGACACUCAACUGGUGGAUCGAUGAAUUUCAUAGUUCCUACUAUUGAUCACAAUCACCCACUGUACCUACAGCCUAAGGAAACUCCAAGAUGUAACUGUCCUGAAUCUAAAAAGUUCCAAGAGCAUUGUGAGUAUCAAAGAGUACUAGAGUUUCUUAUGGGGCUAAAUGAGACCUACUCAACAACUAGGGGUCAAAUUUUGAUGCAGUCUCCAACUCCUAAUCUCAACAAAAUGUUUUCUCUAAUUAUAAAUCAUAAAAGUCAGAGGAACUUAGCAGGUCAUGAAGUCUCUCUUUCUAAGAUUGUUGAGAGUACAACUAUGUUCAGUCAAAAAGGAGGAAAUAGUGGUAACUCAGGUAGAGGUCAGUCUGAUAAUGUUCCUUUUGGAUAUCAACCAGGAGGUAAUGGUGGUAAUCCAGGAAGAGGUCACUAUGACAGUCAAUAUAAUCCAAUCAAAACUCAGAAGCCUCUCACUGUAUGUGAAGUCUGUGGGUUCAGAGGACACACCAAGGAUCAGUAUUUCAAGGUCAAAGAAUAUCCAGUUGGCUGGAAGUCAAAGAGGAAAACUGGUAAUGAGCAAGAAAAGGGAUGCGCCUAUAUUAAUCAUGUUGAAACUCCUAAUCCUACAGGAUCCACACAUACUGUAGAAAAUUUGCCAGCCAACCUACCAUUUGCAUCUCCUGCAGCCUUCUUUACAUCAUAUCAGUAUAAUCAAAUCAUGCAACUUCUAGCUAAAGGAAGUGACACUGGUGGAGAUUCCUCAACUAAGGCUGCUACAACAGGUAGAAUUCUAUCUGCACUAGUAACCAAACAUAUAGAUAACGAGUGGAUCAUUGACAUGGGAGCUUCUAAUCACAUGAAAUCUAAGGUUGACAUUUUAAAUCACUUCACUAUUGUUCCUAUGUCUGAAAGAAGACAGGUUAAUCUACCCAAUGGGAAUGUUGUGUCAGUGUCACAUAUUGGUAGUACUACUGUUCUUGGGGACAAUGUGAUUGGAAAUCUUCUUUUUGUCAAGGGGAUUGGUAGAGAAGAUCAAGGUCUCUACAUCCUCAAAGAUGACUUCACAGACUCAGCAGCAUAUACAACAUGCAGCCAACCUCCUAUUACUAGUAACACUGACUCUAACACUUUAUGGCACAAAAUUCCAGGGUAUGCUCCUGUGGAAAUACUGAAGAAAUUUGGCAGUCUAGAUGGAUUAGAGAAUAUUUCUGAUAAGUUCUCUCCUAGAGCCAUUCCUGUAGCACUGUUAGGCUACUCCAAUUCUCAAAAAGGUUAUCUCUUAUAUGAUCUCCACUCCAAGUCCCUGUUUGUUAACAGGCAUGUAGUGUUUAAAAAGGAUGUGUUUUCUUUUAAGGAUGUUAAGCCCUCCUCUGAUCCUGUCUUUCCAGUUCUUACUAUGGUGUUUCCUGAUAAUUUGGACUCCUCAUCUCAGGAGCACCCUGUAGUUCCUCAUCCAGUUGUUGCCAUCCACUCUCCUACCAUGUCUUCCUCACCUACAAAAGAGUCUCUACCACCUCCUGCUCAACCUCCUCCUUCUAGAAAGUCCUCUAGACCUGUCAAACCUCUUUUGUGGAUUCAAGACUUUGUUACUAAGCCUAAAACCAAUUCUUGUGUCUUUCAUAUUUCCAAUCAUGUCUCAUAUACCAAAUUGUAUCCUACCUAUCAGUCUUGUCUCAAUGCUUUCUCUGCAUUUACUGAGCCUUCUUCCUUCAUGGAAGCUUCUCUUGAUCCUUAG